AUGGCUCCACGCAAGACCGCAACCCGGGCCACCAAGCCAAAGUACUUCAACAAGGGCAAACCAUGGACUGAGGCCGAUAGCAACGAACUCCUCGUACUGAGAGAUCCGAAUAACGCUACCCCCUACAAGGUCCUCGAGCGCCGCUUCGGACGAACAGAGCAGGCACUCCGUCUCCAGCUCUUCAAACUCAACGGGGCCAACAAGGCCAGCAAGGUCACCACUAGAAGCCAGACGAGUAGCAAGGCUCGCCAAGCAGCAAGAACUUCACCCAAGACUGCACAGAGAGUCGACUCCGCCGAACCAACGGUAGAGACUCGCCCACCGAUCAUCCUGAAGCUCAACUUUGCCCUCGCCCGCACUCUACGCCCGUGUCCCACUCUCAAGCUCGACUUCCGCGUGGUCAGGCAUCACUACUAUCCAAAGCUGAAUCUGACAAGGGGUCUCCGAUUCCUGGCUCAGCAGGCUGCCGCUGCCGCCGCCGCCUCUGCCGCCCCUGCCGCCCCUGCUGCACAGCCAGUUGCGAAGAUCGAGGAGGCGGCCGAGACUCUACUGGACUCCUUCCAGGAUCCUGCUACGGACAGCGACUAG